AUUUCCGACGCCAUAUUAUUUCGUUUCGUGCCUUGGUGGAAACAAGCCGUCAACAAUCGCGCACCAUUGCUGAGUUUUAAGAGUUAAGUCAACGACUGAGAUAGUUAUAAAAAAAUCUAAAAAUGGCUGCAACUAAAGCACCCGCUGUAGGUAUUGAUUUGGGAACCACUUACUCGUGCGUGGGAGUAUUCCAGCACGGUAAGGUGGAGAUCAUCGCCAACGACCAGGGCAACAGGACCACGCCCUCAUAUGUCGCGUUCACCGACACCGAGCGUCUCAUCGGAGAUGCCGCCAAAAACCAGGUGGCGAUGAACCCCAACAACACAAUCUUCGAUGCCAAACGACUUAUUGGCCGCAAAUUCGAAGAUGCCACCGUACAAGCCGACAUGAAGCACUGGCCGUUUGAGGUAGUCAGUGACGGUGGCAAACCUAAGAUCAAGGUUGCAUACAAGGGUGAAGAUAAAACAUUCUUCCCUGAAGAAGUUAGCUCAAUGGUACUCACAAAGAUGAAGGAAACGGCCGAGGCCUAUCUCGGUAAAACGGUGCAGAAUGCAGUAAUUACGGUUCCAGCGUACUUCAAUGACUCACAGAGACAAGCCACAAAAGAUGCAGGUACCAUCUCUGGUUUGAACGUUCUCCGUAUCAUCAACGAACCGACUGCUGCUGCGAUUGCUUACGGCCUUGAUAAGAAGGGGAGUGGAGAACGUAAUGUUCUGAUUUUCGAUCUCGGCGGCGGUACCUUCGAUGUGUCCAUUUUGACGAUCGAAGAUGGUAUCUUCGAAGUAAAGUCCACCGCCGGAGACACGCACUUGGGAGGAGAGGACUUCGACAACCGUAUGGUGAACCACUUUGUCCAAGAAUUCAAGAGGAAAUACAAGAAGGACCUCGCCACCAACAAGAGGGCCCUGCGACGACUUCGCACUGCCUGUGAAAGGGCGAAGAGAACUCUCUCCUCGUCCACCCAGGCCAGUAUUGAAAUUGAUUCUCUCUUCGAGGGUAUUGAUUUCUACACCUCCAUCACCAGGGCUCGUUUUGAGGAGCUGAACGCUGACUUGUUCAGAUCUACAAUGGAGCCUGUAGAGAAGUCCCUGCGUGACGCUAAAAUGGACAAGUCCCAAAUUCACGACAUCGUACUCGUAGGUGGUUCUACUCGUAUUCCCAAGGUGCAGAAGCUCCUUCAAGACUUCUUUAACGGAAAGGAGCUUAACAAGUCCAUCAACCCCGACGAGGCCGUAGCUUACGGUGCUGCCGUCCAGGCCGCCAUCUUGCACGGUGACAAGUCUGAGGAAGUUCAGGAUCUGCUACUGCUUGAUGUCACUCCGCUAUCACUCGGUAUUGAGACCGCUGGCGGUGUCAUGACCACUCUAAUCAAGCGCAACACCACCAUCCCCACCAAGCAAACUCAGACCUUCACCACUUACUCCGACAACCAGCCCGGAGUACUCAUCCAGGUGUUCGAAGGUGAACGUGCCAUGACUAAGGACAACAACUUGCUGGGCAAGUUCGAGCUUACCGGCAUCCCACCCGCGCCCCGUGGCGUACCUCAAAUUGAGGUCACCUUCGACAUCGACGCCAACGGAAUUCUCAACGUAUCAGCCAUUGAGAAGACAACUAACAAGGAGAACAAGAUCACAAUUACCAACGACAAGGGCCGAUUAUCCAAGGAAGAGAUUGAGCGUAUGGUCAACGAAGCUGAGAAGUACAGGACUGAGGAUGAGAAGCAAAAGGAGACCAUUCAGUCUAAGAAUGCCUUGGAAUCUUACUGCUUCAACAUGAAAUCCACAAUGGAAGACGAGAAGCUGAAGGACAAGAUCUCAGACUCCGACAAGCAAACCAUCCUUGACAAGUGCAACGACACUAUCAAGUGGUUAGAUUCCAACCAAUUGGCCGACAAGGAAGAGUAUGAGCACAAGCAGAAGGAGCUCGAAGGCAUCUGCAACCCCAUCAUCACCAAGAUGUACCAGGGAGCCGGCGGUAUGCCCGGUGGCAUGCCUGGCGGUAUGCCCGGUUUCCCCGGCGGCGCCCCUGGCGCUGGCGGCGCGGCCCCUGGUGGCGGUGCCGGACCCACCAUCGAGGAGGUCGACUAAACAUUCCAACUUACCUACAUUCAAGCUUUUACUGAUAUUGCAGUAUUCAACUACAGUAACAGUGUCCUCCCAAUAAAUGAUUAAAACUUAA